AGACGAAGAGUUGUCGUAAAAAUUUCAAACUCAAAGUCCUCGACUUGCCUCUUCAAAAGCUUCAACCGAUUUCUAGUCUGUCUUGAUUUAUCGAUAUCUCAGCAUCUCAACUAUCGAGAAGAUGCGCUCAACAUCAUUAUUGUAUUUGCUGUCCUUAGGGCUGAGCGGUGUGUUAGCAGCUCCUGGGUCCACACUUGGUACGUGUCUUUGAACUAAAGUUCUCAAGAAUUAUGCUAAUUAUUUUUAGAAGCAAGAGUUGACAGCCCCGCGAGAUGCCCAAAAAUCUUCUGUACACCAGGGACCCAUUUGUUCUGGAACCCCAAAACAAAAGUCUGCUCUUGCACACUAGAUGAUGGGGAGAAGAUCUGUUAUUCGACCACCAAUUGCAUUGCCGGACAUCAUACUCUUUGGGACUCCACGACUGAGACGUGUUCAUGCAUUCCUGAUCAAACCGAAACUAUUUGCCUUACUGCAACAACCUGCUUGGUCGGAUCUCAUCCAGUUUGGCAUGCUGACACUUCAACUUGCAAAUGCGAGCGCAAUUCUAUCAGAGAAGUGGAUCCAUCAACUUGCCCCACAAUUCGAUGCACAUCCACCACUCACCCUGUCUAUCACCCCGAGACCAAGAGAUGUACCUGCGAACCAAACGCUCCCGUAUGCCCCAACAUAAUAUUCUGUGCCGGCGGUGCUCACAAAGUGCUUAAGCCCAAGUCAAAGAAUUGCACAUGCGAACUUGAUAACCCAAUUCCUCCCACUUGCCCACUCCUUAAGUGCGUGGAAGGAAACCAUCGUGUAUAUCAUCCCGAGACCGGAAAGUGUCAAUGUGAUCCCGAUUGUCCAGAUCUUUUCUGCAUUGCUGAGCAAAGACCUACAUACAAUCCAUCAGCCAGUUCGUGCUCCUGCCAAUGGAUUCCAGGAUUGGAGCCAAACAAUACGUCGACCCCUAUUAGAGAUGAGACCUGCUCCGAUACAGUGUGUAUCUCCGAAAUGCACCCUACUUUUGAUGCCAAGACAGGAGAAUGUAUUUGUAAAUGGAUUCCUGGACUUGGGCCAAUAGAUCCAUGUGUAGGUAUUUCCUGUAUCUCAGAAAUGCAACCGGGUUUUAAUGCAUCUACCGGUCUCUGCGAAUGCCAGUGGAUUCCAGGUCUUCAGCCAAAAGAUACCGUGCCAAAACCUAUCAAAACCUGCUCAGAUAUUCUCUGCAUUGCUGAGAAGCAUCCCGUUUACAAUGCGACCACUGGACUGUGCGGAUGUGAGUGGAUUGAUGGAUUUGGCCCCGCUGCAAGUAAACUUUAAGGGGCAGCAAAUUUUAGGAAGAGUGGAUUUCGAAGGACAAGGAGGAAAUGCUGCAUGCCCGUUUUCCGUUAGACCAAUCAAAUUGAAUUCAUUGACCAAGCCAUGCAUCUGAUUCUUCUAGAAGCAAUUGUCCCAUUUGUGUAACAGUGCAUGUAUAAUUUAUGCAGCUAGUUGAGUGGUGUGGUUGAUCAGCAGAGUUGCGCCACCGCCAACACCUGAUAAUUCAUAUCAUGAUAAUUGAUGAUUAUAGCGCUUCGUCGGAAGAACUGCAUGUAAUAUAUCAUGAUUGUGAUUACAGU